CAGCGACCAAAAUCGAAGUCGAAGAAGGAACAAACAAACAAACACGUACGGUAUAAAUUAGACCAAAAGCGAAAUGAUGCAGACUGAUUCCGACUAACAUCAUCACAUCAUUCAUCUAUCACCAUACUGAACUUGAGUGAAGUUGAAGAAAAGAAGAAUUUCUGUUACUCUUGAAAACGAUGACACUCGGCUUGAUCAAUGCCAAUCCUGUGGUUCACGCCAAAAAAGAGCGAAUCGCUCGUUCCGAAGUUCCUCACACCGAUGAUUCCGUUGAUCCCCUCGAUAUUUAUGAUUUCGUGAGGGAUAUUAGGGAUCCUGAACAUCCUUAUUCUUUGGAGCAGCUCAAUGUUCUAUCUGAGGAGUCAAUUUCUGUUGAUGAUAAAUUGGGGAGGAUUCUGAUUACUUUUACGCCAACUGUUCCACACUGUAGCAUGGUUACUGUGAUUGGUCUUUGUCUCAGAGUUAAGCUCAAGCACUACUUUCCUUCUCAUUUCAAAGUAGACAUCAAAGUGUCUCAAGGAUCUCAUGCCAAUGAAGAAUCAGUCAAUAAGCAGUUAAAUGAUAAAGAAAGAAUUGCUGCCGCUUUAGAGAAUCCAAACCUGUGCCAGCUUGUGGAUGAGUGUCUCUACUCCAAUGAACUCUGAACAAUAACUAUUGUGAAGAUAUUAGCCGCAGAUGAAUGCAAUAAAAAGUAUUAUUAUGUCUUUAGUUCUUUGUUUUUUCUCUCCUUCCCAACCAACCCAGCUCCAUGUUCAGCUUGUGGUAUUAUUAUUAUGCGUGUAAAUUAAGCUAGAAAUCAUUAUGUCAUAGAUAUGCACCUGUAUGUAUAGCAGUGUGUGGGUGGGUUAACUAAGCCCUAGUACUCAAAGUUUAUGUUAACCUUUUAAAUUUUAGGUGAAAACUGAAAAGUAAGCAAGGCAGCAUGAAUUUUUAA